AUGUCCCUGAACUGGACAGAUUUGUCCCGUUGUCAGAAGCACAGCGCCAUGGAGAUGCCUUGUAGGAUAUACGAUGCUGCUCGUGCCAGAGACCUUGCUAAAAGAGACCCAGCCUGGCACUCUGGAGAGACUCGGCCAUCGAAAGCGAAAAAUUGUCCGCUUCUUUGGAACUUCUCGCGCAAAAAUUGCGGACGAGCGAAAACACCAAGACGACAACAGAGCCUCGCAGGUUCACCUGGAACCAGGUCAUCACAGAGGUCCAAGCUGCCAGUGACACCUAUCAAAAUGACAGAGGAAAAGUCAAGAGGAUUUUUGAUAGCAUGUGCGAGAAUGCCAAUAUAUUCGAGCAUUGGCUCUGCCUCUUGCCCAAUGGUGACUAUGGCCGCACGCACUACGAGCGAGAUUCGCCGAAUCAUUUAUGAAACGCUUGCCAGCAUUCCAGAUGCCUUGACGCAUGCAAGCACAUAUAUUGAGAUAUAUAACGCGCAUUCGAGCGAAGCACUCGUUGAAAAGACAGCGGCCUUGUGCAAAUGCAUUCUGGUCCUGCUCCAGCUGAUAGUACGAUUCUUUCUGAAAGGCUCAUUUAAGAGAGGUGUGACCGCGGUGUUGAAAGGUUCUGCGUUUGAAGAUGAGCUCAAAAAUAGUGUUCAAGACAUGAAGAAUCAUGUGCUGAAGCUCAGAGAGGAAGCCAAUUUAUGUCUACAGAAACGCAUAGCGGAGAUGGACAGAAAGAACGAUUUGAGAGAGUGUAGAGGUAUUAGUCAUCUGGGCAAUCAGUUAAGAAUCUGCGCUAAUUCAACAGAGCAAACUCGACAGCAAUUGGCAAAGGGAGAGCUGCUUCUUGCAAUUGAAUCCAGCGCCAAAGUCACAGCAGAAACAGUCUGCACAUAUCUUCUUCGCCAAUUGCAAGCAACUCCAGAUUUCAACGUACGAACAGGCUCGUUGAGUCCACAAUUUGCAACUUCGUUGCAGAUUGCCAACGAGGCGACUCUACGACCAGAGAUAGUUGCACAGGAAACGGUCAGCCCAACACCAGAGGAUCUGCUCGCAAUGUUGGAGUAUGAUAACACUAGCCAGCAGAAGGACAUCGAAUACUCCCUCACGUUGGGAUACACUCAGAGCGAUGCUGCCCACGCUCGAUCAACAUGGGUACUUCAGUCACCCGAGAUGGGUGAAUUCCUAGCCGGAAAGGCUGGAUCCAGACUUCUUCUCAUCAAUGGAAACGGCGAAGCAAUCGAAUUCAUCUCUCCAUUGUCUUUCGUCUGUGCAAAGAUCUCCGAUCUUAUCAAUCUUUCCCAUCAGAUCAUCCUUGCGACCCAUUUCUGCGGUCAUCAUACAGAUGAGCUGCGGGAUCCAAGAGCGAAUGUGCAAGGGAUGCUAACCUCGCUUGUUGGACAACUAUUGACACAUGUCAAGCGUUGGGAACGCAGCGACUUCAGAUUAGACCUCUCCUCGAUAAGUGAUGAUAAGUGCAAUGCUAUACAACAGGAAGACAAGGAUGCGUUAUUUGAUCUUUUCCGAGCUAUCAUCAUGCAAUUACCCAAAAACACCAUCAUCUUCUGCCUGAUUGACGGUCUAUCAGCAUAUGAGAAUUCGAACAGGAAGAAGGAUACUAUAGCUUUUAUGCGAAAAUUAGCACGUCUAGUCCAAAAAUCGUCACGUGUUGCACUGAGGGUGCUGGUCACAUUUCCCGGACAAAGCAUAUAUGCGGAUCAUUGGCGGGGUUUUGAUGGCAAGAAAGCAAAGAUGCUCUACGUACCCACAGAUCUAUAA